GGAGCUUGAACGCAGCACAAAACUCACUCGUACUAGCAGGUUCCGCCUUUCAAGAAAACGUAUCGAGGGUAUUAAAGUGAUUUACUCUUAUAUAUCGUGACAUUUCUAAGCCCAUGGCUGCAUUACAUAGGAAAUAAAACAUGAUAUGAAUGAAUAGUGUUUUUGCAACGGAAAGCGCUACUCUUCGAUCUAUUUUGUCCCUCCAGGCUGACCGUAGUUGUUUGUAUCGACUUCAGAGUGAGCUUCGUGUCAAGUAUGUGGUACAGAGUUGCACUUCUGUUAAAACAACACUGUUAUAGUGACCACUGACUUUACUAAAGUUGAAUAUCGGGUUUGGAGUCCGGAAACACACCUUUACACAAGAAGAGGCUGCUGUCAUCUGUCUCCUCAAUGGCUUUACUGAAUGCAAGGCAGCUUGCACUGAGAGCUGUCAGAUGCUACCUGAGUCCCUUUUCAUCAUCAAAAUCAUGUCUCUCCACCAAAGCCUCCCUGCUGGGGGUCAAGAACCUCCUGCUCAUGGGUCCUCCUGGAGCAGGGAAGACCACAGUGGGGAGGAUAGUGGCCCACCGACUGGGACUGCCCGCCAUUGAUGUCGACGACGAUGUCUUGGAGACGACGUGGAAGAUGCCCGUUGCUGCCAAGCUGGCAGCAGUCGGCGGGGAGCGUUUCCUGGAGGAAGAAGGCCAGGCUUUGUGUAACUUCUCUGCUUCUGGGUGUGUUGUUUCCCUGACAGGCUCCAACCCUCUGCACGCUGCAGCGAUGCAGCACGUCAAGGAGUCCGGACUGGUCAUCUACCUGGAUGUGGACGGGGAAGACAUCAUACAGAGACUCGCCAGGAUGAAGGUGAACAGGAUCGUGGGCCAGGAGGCAGGGGCGUCCAUGAGGGACAUUCUGCGUUACAGGAAGCGGUUUUAUGAGAAGUGGCUCGAUGUGCGGGUGCUGUGUGGAACUGGGGACACGGUGGAGGAAGUAGCUGAGAAGGUGCUGAAGGCUGUGGAGAGAUAUCAGAACCACGACGCAGAAACCUUCGUGUCAACCCGGAGUCCCAGCGUGGAAUCGUCCAAUCAGAAAACAUACUUCAGUGAUGUGGUAGUUGAGGGUCUGGCCACAGAUGGAGGCCUCUAUGUUCCCAAAAACGGCUUCCCAAACAUAGAUGCUCGUGAAUGGCUGAGACUGGCUGACAUGUCCUACCCAGAGCGAGCGUUAGUUUUGCUUGAAAAGUGCGUCCACCCAUUGGACGUCUCUGCUUUGGAUCUCAGGACUAUGAUAUUCAAGGCGUAUGGGUCUAACUUUUCUAGCGAGGCGGUGGCACCUGUAAAACAUCUCAUCCACAAUCAGUACGUCCAGGAGCUUUUUCACGGCCCCACAGCCUCGUUUAAAGACCUCGCCCUGCAGCUGAUGCCCCAGCUGUUCACCUACUGCCUCCCACCAAUGUGCAACUACCUCAUUCUGGUAGCCACAUCUGGAGACACUGGGAGCGCCGUGCUCAGCGGCUUCAGCAUGCUCAGUGGCACCGACAGACACAGGACCGGGGUGCUGGUGUUCUUCCCGGAGGAAGGCGUGAGUGAGAUCCAGAAGCUUCAGAUGAUGAGCUACAGGGAGGGCAACGCCAGGGCCGUCAGCGUCCUGUCAGACUUUGACUUCUGUCAGAGAACCAUAAAGGGGAUGUUUGGAGAGUCUGGGCUGACGGGGCACCUCGCUGUCGAGUACGGCACAGUCCUCAGCACCGCCAACUCCAUCAACUGGGCGCGGCUGUUGCCACAGGUGGUGUACCAUUCCUCAGCCUAUCUGGAUCUAUGCAGAGACGGUGUUAUCAAGUUUGGGGAGCCCAUUGAUGUUUGCAUCCCUUCUGGUAACUUUGGCAAUGCCAUGUCGGCUGUGUACGCCAAGCAAAUGGGCAUCCCCAUAAGGAAAGUCAUCUGUGCAUCCAAUCACAACCGCAUCAUCACAGACUUUAUCACCACAGGCGAGUACGAUCUCCGGGGACGGCCUCUGAUGCUCUCCCACUCCCCGGCUAUAGAUAUCCUGAAAUCCUCCAACCUUGAGAGGUUUAUCUACCACGUCUCAGACGGAGACGGCCGUCUUGUCAAGGAGCUCUUCACACGCUUGGACACGCAGCAGCAAUUUCAGGUUCCCGAGCCUCUUCUUGACAGGAUACAGCAGGAAGUACUGGCUGGCUGGUGCUCUGAAGACGACUGCUUGACUGCCAUCCAAAGCGUUCACACACAGACCGGCUACGUCAUGGACACACACACCGCCGUGGCUAAAGUCGUGGCUGAUAGGCUGCAGGACGGCUCGUGCCCCGUGGUGCUUUGUUCCACUGCUCACUACGGGAAAUUCGCUCCCGCUGUGUUCAAAGCCUUACAAAUCCAAAAUAUUCCAGAGGAUCCCGUUGAGCAGCUGAAGGAGCUCGCAUCCACCGCGUCUGGACCAGAAACACACAGAGACAUGAUGAAAUGUCUGAAGGAGAGUGGCAGGAGGGGACACACAGUUUGUCCGGCUGAGUACAGUGUGUUGGUUGAGGAGGUGGAGAGCAUGAUACAGGACUCCUUCUUGAAAGUUAUGUAGGAAUAUUGUAGCUUUUCCUGGCUGUCCACCUUAAAUGAACGAGUUGAGUUAAAGAAAAAUGAAUUAGUAAUUGAUUUUAAAGACCAAUCCUGCCUGAGCCUUCAGGAGUGAGAAAAAAACGAACACAUUCACCCUGAUUAUACUGUAAUCGAGCUCUAAACUGUUUGCUAACUGGAUUUAUUGAUUAUGCAACAUUUCUUUACAUCAUUAUCUGGAGCCCUGGCCCACUAGAUGGGGAUGUCUCCCUCUUGGCCACUGCUGUGUGGGAACACUGGUGACAGCACUUCAGUAACAGUAUAUGAGUAUUGCUGUAAUAAGAAUUAAUUACUGACUCAGUCAGAAGGUAAAAUAAACUGUGUGUGUGUGUGUGUGAAAUCAAUAUCUGCAGUCAGGCAGAUAAUCGUCUAUAAUUGUAUAUGCUUAUGAAUUCUACUGUGACAAUAUGUCUUUUGACUUUUAUAACAGAGCUAUCAAAGCCAGGUCUCACAGCGUGGCAUUAAAGUACAACUAACAGACUGAUAUCCGUGAGUUUCACAGUCCACUAAUCGGCACGUGAUGCUCAAGCAGCCGGUACGCUCCUAUCAGCGUCCACUGACUUAUUAACUACCUCACCGAUGAUGUGUCUCACAUGUUCUCUUGAGAAAGAGUAUUACAGGAAGGGUUUGACAUUUUGGGAAAUAUACUCAUAAUCUUUCCUGAUACGUUUCUUGGAAGUGGUUGAACCUUGAGUAUCCAAGGAAAGGCAUUGUAAUGACUAUUAUUUUACUUUAGAAAUUCCUGGAGCUGAGAUAUUUCAGAUAAUGUUUGACCAGAUCAGUAAACUGUGCUUCUACUAUGAUGUCUCCAAUAUUGUGUUAUACUAGCAGAUGUAUGUAUGUAUGUAUAUUUAGACCCAUUGAUUAAAAGAUGUGUUAUUUCCGAGGCAA